CCCCCUUUUUGUUGUACUCGGUUGCUACCAGGAUAGACCGUUUUUUUUUCAUGUUUUUGUAUUGUAUUUCGAAGUUUUUUUAUUGUUUGGUUCCGCAACACUGCGAAAAUUUCGUUGCCAUUGUGUGAGGUGUAUUAUCACAUUGCUCAAUUAAUAAUCCAUUAAUAAUCUUGCCGUAAUUAUGUGCUUACGAGUGCAGUCUGACGUUUCACCAAUGUCGUACCCACUGAUGAGCUAGCAGUGAAAAUAUCAAAUGUAGAUGAUUUAUAGAAAUGUUUUCGCGUGCGGUAGAAUUUGAUGUUUUUAUCAAAUUGAAAAUUUGGGGUAGCAUUUGAAGGUACCGAUUGGGGGAGGAAGAUGUUGAGAUUUUUGUCUAAACGGCGUGUGAGGAGUGCGGGACAGACAGCAUCCCCGCAGAUUAAAAAUCAGAGAUUACUCAGUAAUAAAAAUAUUAUACAGUGCCAAGUCAUACUGCUGGAUGGUACGGAUUUGCCUAUCGAGUUGUCGAAAAAAGCCCUGGCCAGCGAUUUGUACGAGCAGGUCUUCUACUCGUUGGACCUGAUCGAGAAAGAUUACUUCGGUCUCCAGUACACAGACAGCAAUAACGUGCAGCACUGGCUGGACCCCACGAAACCGAUAAAAAAACAGAUAAAAAUCGGUCCGCCAUACACCCUCCGAUUGAAAGUGAAGUUCUACUCCUCCGAGCCGAAUACUCUCCGAGAGGAGCUCACGCGGUACCAAUUCUUCCUUCAACUGAAGCAGGACCUCCUGGACGGUCGCCUCCACUGCCCAACGAACGUAGUCAUCCAGCUGUCAGCCCUGGCUCUGCAGUCCGAGCUGGGGGACUAUGAUCCAACGAUUCACACAGCAGCAACUGUCUCUGAGUUUCGUUUCGUGCCAGGCCAAACCGAAGAGAUGGAGCUCGAGAUCCUGGAGGAAUACAAGAACUGCAAGGGCUUGUCCCCAGCCCAGGCAGAGUCCUCAUACCUGGGGAAAGCCAAGUGGCUGGACAUGUAUGGAGUGGACAUGCACACAGUCCUGGGUAAAGACGCAUGCGAGUACUCCCUGGGUCUCACUCCCACGGGAAUUCUCGUGUUCGAGGGUAAUCAGAAGAUCGGCCUUUUCUUUUGGCCAAAGAUCGGCCGUUUAGACUUCAAGAAGAAGAAACUCACUCUUGUAGUCGUUGAGGAGGACGAUGAGGGUCGUGGUGAGCAGGAGCACACAUUUGUCUUUCGUCUUGCCAACGAGAAGGCUUGCAAGCACCUCUGGAAAUGUGCGGUUGAGCAUCACGCCUUCUUCAGGCUGAGAGCUCCCGUGAAAGGUGCAAGCAGUCGACAGAAUUUCUUCAGGAUGGGUUCGAGAUUUCGAUACAGUGGGAAAACGGAGUUCCAGACGACUCAGCUGAACCGAGCGAGGAGAACAGUUCAGUUUGAGAGGCGACCCAGCCAGAGGUACGCCAGGAGGCAGAGUCACGUUCUCAGGGAGAGACAGAGGGAGAGACACGUCGAACCCCAGACAGCCAGUGUGGAAUGCGAGUCUCUACAGAGGCAGCACAGCAAGACAGAGUCAGAAGCAUCCAGUGCUGCUGCCAGUGUCAUUCCUACUAUUCCAGAGACCGCUGGAGCUAUUGGUACAUCCGUAGGCCCUUCAUCCUCAUCUCCACUUGUUGAUUCAAUACUCAAGUCUCUCGCCAAGGAUCCGCAGCCCCUCGAGCUCAAGAAUCAGACUGCACCUACCAGUGAGAAAGAGGCUGAGAUCAUGAAAACUAGUUUGAUUGUGGAGAGUACGUCCAACUCACCACCACAAUCAUUACCCAAUAAUCAAGUGGGUGGGACACUUCUACUUUCUGCACGAUCACCCAUUCCACCUGAGUCACUCAAGUGCAAUAUACUCAAGGCGAAGAGCCUCGAGUGUGAGAAGAACUCCAAUCUUGUGUCCAUCAUGCCAACUGAGACCACCAAUGGCGGCAAGUCUCAACAUCCUGAUGCUGCUACCAUUGUCUCGGUGGGAGGAGACAAGUUGACCCUAAACGUCAGUGGAACAGCUCCAAUAAGCAGCAGUCCCCCCGCGGAUGAUGCUGUGACAGUAACUCACUUCUCCCUGGACAGUUGGGGCCAAAUUGCUCAGAAAACAACGCCAUUCAGUGCCAAAGUUGUCAAUCAGUCGCAGAAUCCCUUCAAUCCAUUCACUACCGAUAACUGUACUGACGUAGUGGUGACAACACCCGUUGACGAAGUGAGAGAGGUCCUGGCCGAGGAGACAACCGAGACUAAAAAUACGAAUCCAUUCAUCGAUUCUAAUCCCUUCCUGGGGCUUUUGAAUCCGUUCAGUGAGAUUCAACCUGUCCUCGAAAAAAUUCCAGAAAAGGAGGAGGAAAAUGAAAUUGCUACGAGUAAACCUGAAGAAGUGCCUUCGCCGAAUUCAUCGACAGUUACUACGUUCACACGAUCGGAACUUGCCACCACAGCCUCGGAUAUCAGUCCAUGGCUAGUGGCUGAUCCAUCCCAGGCAAAAACCAAGACUGUCACGAUGAAAACGGUCAUUACAACGCAAUUAUAGAUUAUACUUAAUUAUCCAGAGAUUAGAUCCUGGUAGUCCUCUCAGAAUAUAUAAUUAAAUAUUAGCUGACAAAUGAGAAAUUGAAUAAUGACAAAUAUUUUUGCAUUUAUCUUCAGCUGGGACCAAUGGCUUACUUCAGUACUUUUAAUCGUAUCGACAUUUUCAUAAAUUAUAUCUAUAUAUUUAAAAAUUUUAUCAUUAUAUUUAUCACAUGCCAACGAAUUGUAUUUGCUUCAAGUAUUUUAUAACGAACAAGUGCUUUUCUAUGAGAAUGUUUUACUGCUGUGAGAUUGAAAUCACUUAUUUAAUUGGUCAAAAUUUAUUUUAUCGUAAGGACGAAUUUAUACAUCGAUAUAGAAAGUUUUAUGCUGAAAAAUAAAAAGUGCAGAAGUUUGAGAUAAAUUCAUUUUUUCUUUUUAAAUAUCAUGUCCAGAUCUUCAAAAGGUGCUUGUCGUUAAUCUCGUCACGCAAGGCAUUGACUAUUUGGUCUUACAUAAUUAAUUUUUUUUUUCCACCCAUACGUCUCCUCUCUUCGAUCAGAUGUACGAAGAUUAUCGAGAUUAGUACAAAUUAUCACGUAGACGGUUCUUAAAUACUUGCAUCAUUAACGGCCUUGAACACUGGGUCUAUCCAAAAUCUGGAAACAUUAUCAUUUUGAAAAUUCUCAUUGUCAUGGUCAAUUGGAUGAUUUGUCUCUCUCCACAGUAUUCACUUUGUUUCCCAUUUUUAUCAGGCAAUUUUCUCUACUGUCUAGCAUAUCAUGAAAAUAAUACGGCAUUAUAUAAAUCCAUUGCAGAGGACAUUUCGCAGUACCAUGGAAUGUGCAAUUCUGCAAAAAUACAGUGAUGUAAAUAAUGAGAAAGAAGUCAGUGGCGAAGAGAUAAACGAUGAAAUUCAUUUCAGUUCAUCUGCAGCGAUGUAGUGAAAUUUUAUAGAGAAUUUUAUCUCUUCUCCCUGGAUCGUUACUUAAAUCGUCGGAGUGAAAAUUAAUUCUCGUAAUUGACAAAAUUUAUGUUCACUGAAUCGAGUCA